UGUUGUUGUUUCCAUUCUAUUUUCAAUUGGAUUUUGUUAAAAUCUCAGUAUCUAGAGAGAGAGGGUUUCCAGAGAGAGAUUCAGUUUUCUUCUCCUUCUUCAACCUAACUCUAGCUUUUGAUUUCCUCAUUUUGAUUUUUUAUUUUUUUAUUUUUUAUUUUUAUUUUAUUUUUGUUACCACUUGGUCUAGGGUUUGAGUUUUUGGUGAGGGUUAGGUGUUGUUUUUUUCUUAAUAAGUUGAAUUUUCAUUUUUUUUUGGGUUGAAUUAGGGUUUGAAUUAGUGGGUUAGGGUUUCAUCUGUUGGGGUUUGUGUGGAUGGAGCCUCGCGUUGGGAAUAAGUUUCGGCUGGGGAGGAAGAUCGGUAGCGGCUCGUUCGGGGAGAUCUAUCUCGGUACUAACAUUCAGACGAACGAGGAGGUUGCAAUUAAGCUUGAAAAUGUCAAGACAAAGCAUCCGCAGUUACUAUAUGAAUCAAAGCUAUACAGAAUUCUACAGGGAGGAACUGGAAUUCCAAACGUGAGAUGGUUUGGAGUAGAGGGAGAGUACAAUGUUCUUGUGAUGGAUUUGCUUGGGCCUAGUCUUGAAGAUCUAUUCAACUUUUGCAGUAGGAAACUCUCUUUGAAGUCAGUGCUCAUGCUUGCUGAUCAAAUGAUCAAUCGGGUUGAAUUUGUUCAUUCUAAAUCGUUUCUACAUCGAGAUAUCAAGCCAGACAAUUUUCUAAUGGGCUUGGGAAGACGUGCAAAUCAGGUCUACAUCAUUGACUUUGGUUUGGCUAAGAAAUAUAGAGAUACUGCAACACAUCAGCACAUUCCUUAUAGAGAAAAUAAGAAUUUGACUGGAACUGCAAGAUAUGCAAGUAUGAACACCCACCUUGGCAUUGAGCAAAGCCGGAGGGAUGAUUUAGAAUCUCUUGGUUAUGUGCUUAUGUACUUCCUAAGAGGAAGUCUUCCUUGGCAGGGACUGAAAGCAGGAACUAAGAAACAAAAGUAUGAGAAAAUUAGUGAAAGAAAAGUUUCCACAACGAUUGAGGUCCUUUGUCGGGGUUAUCCAACAGAAUUUGCUUCAUACUUCCACUACUGUCGUUCACUGCGAUUUGAUGAUAAGCCAGAUUAUGCUUAUCUGAAAAGGAUAUUCCGUGACCUCUUUAUUCGCGAAGGAUUCCAGUUUGACUAUGUGUUUGACUGGACUAUUUUGAAGUACCAGCAAUCACAGCUUGCUACUCCUCCAUCUCGUGUUCUUGGUCCUGGUGCUGGAACAAGCUCUGGACUGCCCCCUCCUGCUGUUGCCAAUGCUGACAGGCAGUCAGGAGAAGAAGGGAGACCUGCUGGUUUAUCUUCUAUGGAUCCUUCUCGUCGGAGAAUUUCUGGUGAUGGAGGAGGUUUAUCCAAGCAGAAGAGUCCAGUUGCAAGCGAUUUGGCAGUGAGUAAAGAUGCUAUGUUAUCUAGCUCCCAUUUUUUGGGCCGGUCAAGUGGUUCAUCAAGGCGAGCUGCUGUGUCUAGCAGCCGUGACGCAGCCAUUAUGGGAAGCGAGUCUGAUCCCUCUCGUGCACAUACCACUGAGGCAAGCCCAGGGGCAGCAGUACGGAGGAUCUCAAGCGGGCAAAGAAGUUCACCGGUUGGAUCCUCAGACCCCAAGCGCACAUCAUCUGGUAGGAACAUCACUAACAUAAAGAACUAUGAAUCCACAAUCAGGGGCAUUGAGAAUCUGAAUUUUGACAAUGAUGAGAGGGUUCAUUAUUAGAUGCACACCUCCCUCAACUCUUGUAAAUCUAGACUCAGUGUGCUACUACGCUUGCAGUAGAAUUUGUUAGCUAUUGGAGUGAGUUUUCAGGGGCAAUUGUGAGCUGGUAUCCAACAGACUGGGUUGUGAUUUGCAAAAGACGUAUAUCAAAUUAUCAAGAGAACGUAGAGAAGGCUAUGUCUAAGGAGAUUUAGUUGUGUUGGUACUGCUCGCCAGUCUAGUUUACUCAUUUCUUUUAACCCUUUUCCCUUCUCUGAAGUCUCUUGAGGUGUCUCAUGUUAUGGUUCUAAACUUAAUGGCACUGUAAAUUGGCCUGUUGUAUUGAUAUUCUCCUCCCUAUAAAAGUUCAUUUUUCACUCU